CAGGCUUUUGUGUUUGUUUUAUUUUUUUGGCACGCCUGCAGCCAAGUUGGGGAGGGUUUCCUGGACAGAGGUCCUUUGGCUGCUGCCUUAAGACGUGCAGCCUGGGCCGUGGCUGUCACUGCGUUCGGACCCAGACCCACUGCAGGCAGCAGCAGCCCCCGCCGGCACAGCAGCAUGGAGCUCUGGGGGGCCUACCUCCUCCUCUGCCUCUUCUCCCUCCUGACCCAAGUCUCCACCGAGCCACCAACCCAGAAGCCCAAGAAGGUUGUAAAUGCCAAGAAAGAUGUUGUGAGCACAAAGAUGUUUGAGGAGCUCAAGAACCGUCUGGACACCCUGGCCCAGGAGGUGGCCCUGCUGAAGGAGCAGCAGGCCUUGCAGACGGUCUGCCUGAAGGGGACCAAGGUGCACAUGAAAUGCUUUCUGGCCUUCACCCAGGCGAAGACCUUCCACGAGGCCAGCGAGGACUGCAUCUCGCGCGGGGGCACCCUGGGCACUCCGCAGACUGGCUCGGAGAAUGACGCCCUGUACGAGUACCUGCGCCAGAGCGUGGGCAACGAGGCCGAGAUCUGGCUGGGCCUCAACGACAUGGCCACCGAGGGCAUCUGGGUGGACAUGACAGGCGCCCGCAUCGCCUACAAGAACUGGGAGACCGAGAUCACCGCGCAGCCUGACGGUGGCAAGACGGAGAACUGCGCGGUCCUGUCAGGCGCGGCCAACGGCAAGUGGUUCGACAAGCGCUGCCGCGAUCCACUGCCCUACAUUUGCCAGUUCGGGAUCGUGUAACCCUUGGAGGGUCUGGAGGAGGGCGGGGGCCGCGGGAGGCCGGGAGGAGGGUGGAGACCUUGCAGCCCCCAUCCCCUCCGUUCGCUUGGAGCCUCUUUUUGCAAAUAAAGUUGGUGCAGCUUCGCGGAGAGGA